AUGGACUCGCUGGAGCUUUUUGGGGAGAUUCUGGAGCCUCAAAACAACUGGGAAAACAAUUGGGAUGAGGAGUGCGACCGUGAGGUGGCCGCUGUCACUUGGAAGGUUGAAACGGAGCCCCUUGUCAAGAAAUCAUCGCAAAAAUCAAAAUUGAAAUCACUUUCAAAAAAGAUUUCUGCCUCUGCUCCUCAGCUAGAAUUUCAUUCCACAGAGCCGAAGGAACCGCCGUUGCUUUUCUCCUGCAGUAGAUGUCUUUUCAUGUGCUCGGACAAGAACUUCCUCGUCGCGCAUUCAAUUAUUGAGCAUGAAGAAUCCUGCACCGAGUUCAGCAAAGGCGACGAGAAAGAAGUCUUUGUAGAGAGGAGCGAAGCAGCCAAGAAAAUUAUCGCGGUUGUGAAACAUGUGAUCAUGGAAUCCAUCACAAGAGCCAGAUGCGACACGGAAAUCAUUCUUGAAGAGGCAAAUGAGGCUCAACUUGUGUCCAUGAAUGAUAUUGCUAGAUCGAUCGUCGAUUCUACCGUCACCGUCGAGCCAGAAGCCUGUUCGGAUGAGCAUGGUGCCGACAAUGUGUUUAAUUCGUCGCUCGGUUCGGAGCGCGACUUGGAAGAAAUGCUCCCUUCUCAAGCAAAAAGACGCAAAAAAGCACAGCCACGAAAGUUGCAGAUUGAAAAUGAAGAUUUGAACGACACUACGAACAAGUCACAAUUCGCUCAGGCCUCCGAUGUGGUGACGCUAGUUGAGGCGCGGGAUCCUGAAUCGGACGAUGAAAAAGCUCCUAACAAUACUACCUCUUUUAUUGACUCUUUCACCGGUUUAACUAAACCUCUCUGCCCUUUAUGUCAUCAAGAGUUCGAUAGUCAAAUGCAUUUGGGCACCCACUUGGAAGAUAUCCACAUGAGUUGGAUUUCGCCGCAAAUGACCUUAUACACUGAUAGCUCUAAUAGUAUUCCAAUCGUGCCCUUUUCGUCGAUCACUGCUGGGUCAACACAGCAUUCGCAAGGCGCGAUGGAACCCUGGAGAUUACGGCACGGUCGCAGUUGUAACAAAAACUCGUCAAAAAAGACGAAAAACUGGCGCAAUAUCAAGUGCAAUCUCUGCAUAAAAAAACCGAAAAUGUCCCUAUCGGAAUUCAAGACGCACAUGACCAAUACCCAUCAUUACCGCAGAGCCUAUUGCUGCCAUCAAUGCUCUACUUCUUUCAAAAGUCUCGAAGCAUUCGUCGAGCACAAUCGAAUUCAUGAGCAAAGACCGUUUUCCUGCGAUGUCUGUGACUUGACCUUCAAAACUAAGCGAGAACAGAACGAACACCGACGAAGCGAAAGCCACCAAAAAGCGAUCUUAGAACAAGGUCAGCCAGAUAACGUCGACAUUGUCUACGAAGAAACCUCGCCGAUAAAAUGUCCGAGCUGUGAUUUCCGCUGUCAUGAGAUGUCCUUGCUGGCAAAACACUUGCGUGAAGAAUCCCACUUUCAUCCUUGUGAAUAUCAGGGCUGUAACGGGUUUUUCAGGUCAAAAGAAAAUCUCACUAAUCAUAUUGCGACUGCUCACGAAGGACAUGGAGCUUUCUUGUGUGAUCUAUGUGGGAAAUCCUUCCGUCUACAUGCUACUCUUUUACGCCAUAAAGGCCGAAAUCAUAAUCAGAAGAAUAUCAAGAAAUGUUCGUUCUGUCCUGCUCAGUUUGCUGACAACUACAAGCUCACUCGACACAUUAGGUCGAUCCACUCGAAGGAAAAACCCUUCAAAUGCGAUUUUCCCGGAUGCGAUAAAGCUUUUGCUCGGAAAGAUAAGCUACAGGACCACAAAUGGAGUCACUCAAAGUCAAAAAUGUUUAUUUGUCAUGUUUGCGACCGAGCGUAUCUCCGCCCCGACUGUCUAAAAGCACAUGAAAAGAUUCAUCUAGCGACCUUCAAGCAUCUCACUUGUCACUUGUGCGACGCAAAGUUCCAAACAAAAGAGCUUUACAGUCGUCAUCUAAAGAGCUUACACGAUGUCGACAUUGAGGACAAUGUUAAGCGUAAACGGACAAAGUCGCGAAAGAGUCAAAAUGAAAAGAAAGCCCCUGUAAUUGUAUCCAACGAGAAGAGCAUUGCUAGCGAUAUUUUGGUAUCCGCGAUUGCGAGCCAGUUAAGCAUACCGGAAGUGUUUCCACCACGUAUUCCCAAUUUCGAAAGCGAAAUUCCCGUCUCCAACUCUCAGUACACUCUGACCGUAAACAAAGCGCGCUUAACUGACUUGCAACCAGUCGAAGUGCUUGUUGGUGGCUCUGGCGCUGUGCAAUCUAUUCAUCCCGUCAAUUUGAAAUUCCCCAAGUUGGAUUCUAUUUCUCAUCCAUCUAUUUCACAGCCCUCAGAGGAGGCGAAUAAUUCUAAUUCCUGCUCACCGACCAUCCUGCAGCCUGUUCAAAGAUUGCAGCCAGUGGAAACCCCUGAUGCCCCACAGUUCAGUCACUUUAGUUUGGCUGACGACAACUGGACUCACACCGAUCCUUCUAUUUUCCUCAAUAGUCGCCCUUCGAUGGUUUCUGUUGAUUCAAAGUUCAUUGACCCAUCUCGUUCCAACAACUUUUUGGCGUCUCCAAAGUCUGAAUAA